AUGAACGAUCAAGAUCUUCAUCAAGUGCAGCAGCAGGACGAUGGGGUUGAUGAAGAAACCCCCUUGCUGCGUGCCCCUCCUGACACCGAGCCAUACUCCGUCUUCACACCAACGCAGAAACGCCUCAUUAUUCUGGCAGCGGCACUGGCUUCGAGCUUUUCGCCUCUAUCGGCCAAUAUCUACUACCCGGCAUUGAAUUCCAUUGCAAAGGACUUGAGAGUUAGUCCAUCUCAAAUUAAUCUGACGAUCACGACAUACAUGAUAUGCCAGGGCCUCGCUCCAAUGUUGACAGGGUCAUUGGCAGACCAAGCUGGUCGUCGACCUGCGUAUAUCCUUUGCUUCGUGAUAUAUUUAUUUGGCAACAUUGCUCUCGCUCUGCAACACAACUUUCCAGCACUCUUAGCUCUUCGUGCCGUUCAAAGUUGUGGCAGUAGUGGAACCGUGGCCCUUGCAUCCGCUGUAGCGGCCGAUAUUAUAACAUCCGCCGAGCGGGGUAUGUACAUGGGCUUUACAUCUCUGGGAAAUAUUCUUGCUCCUUCCAUCGGGCCGAUUCUUGGGGGCGUAUUGAGUAAGUAUCUGGGCUGGGAAGCAAUAUUCUGGUUCCUCGCUAUUGCAGCUGGUACUUUCUUCGUCCCGCUGCUGCUAUUCUUCCCUGAAACGUGCCGAGGCAUUGUCGGAAAUGGCUCGAGCCCUGCAGUCGGAUGGAAUCGAACCAUGUGGAGUUGCUUUUGGACCACCUCCGAAGUGACCCCACCUGCAUUAAGUGUGCCGAGAAGGCGCAUGAAUGUCCCUAACCCAUACUCAACCCUACGUUUGCUUUUCCACCGACCCGUGGGGCUGGUGCUUUUGGCGAAUGGAGUUGUCUUCAGCAGCUAUUACGCGGUCACGGCGGGAAUUCCUGCGCUUUUCCACAGAAUCUAUGAUCUAGAUGACUUGGGUAUUGGACUAUGCUUUAUUCCUGCAGGCUUAGGGUCAUUACUCAGUGCAACUGUCAACGGAGUAUUAGUUGACUGGAAUUACCGGCGGACUCGACGCAAUGCCGGUCAGACGGUACACAAGAACCAAAAGCAGGACAUCCUUGGAUUUCCUAUCGAACAAGCGAGAUUGCAGAUUGGUCUGCCAAUGACAAUACUUGCAGCUGUCUCGAUAGUCCUGUACGGAGUACUCAUACCGUUAAAGCCACCACUCAUGGUUGCGCUUACUGUGGUCUUCGUAAUUUGCUUUUGUAUCACGGCGGCAUAUAACGUGAUGAACAUUCUGAUCGUCGACUUGUACUACGAGACCCCUGCUACCGCGAUGGCCGCUAACAACCUCGUGCGGUGUUUCCUGGGAGCUGGUGCUGCGGCCGUGGUUAACCCUCUGAUUAGGCGAAUUGGUGUGCAAUGGACAUAUUGUUUUGUAUCGGGCGCAAUUACGCUAGUCACGCCAAUUUUAAGCGUUGUUUACCUGAAGGGUUGGGAAUGGCGAAAGAAACAAGCCGAAACUGAUGCACAACGGCGAACUAUACACGAGAGACCAUAG